UAAUUUCAAAGUUUCUAGAAUUUUCAUACACCAACCCAACCGUCAUCGCUGACACCACAAUAUAAAAUCCUGUGCUAUAAAUUCAACACUAAUUCACUUUAUUCAACGCAAACAAACCAACACUGCAUUCUCAUUCAUCAUAUCAAAUCAAUGGCCACUACCACCGUUCGUCCUCCUCCGCUAACUUCAACUUCGGAGCCACCUCCUCUUUUCGACGGAACCACCAGGCUGUACAUCAGUUAUACUUGCCCCUUUGCACAACGUGUAUGGAUCACUAGAAAUUACAAGGGACUAGAAGACAAGAUCGAAUUGGUUCCUAUUGACCUGCAAGACAGGCCUGCAUGGUAUAAAGAAAAGGUUUAUCCUGAAAAUAAGGUGCCAUCUUUGGAGCACAAUGGCAAGGUAUUGGGAGAAAGCCUUGAUUUAGUUAAAUAUGUUGAUGCCAACUUUGAAGGAGCACCACUCUCUCCCAAUGAUCCUGCCAAAAAAGAGUUUGCUGAGCAGUUGUUAUCCCAUCUGGAUACCUUUCUCAAAGAUUUGUACGGAUCGUUGAAAGGGGAUACUGUGCAACAAGCCGGUUCUGCUUUUGAAUACUUGGAGAAUGCCCUUGGUAAAUUUGAUGAUGGCCCCUUCCUUCUUGGUCAAUUCAGUUUGGUGGAUAUUGCGUAUGUUCCGUUCGUUGAGAGAUUCCACAUUAUCCUUCCUGAGUUGUUCAAGUAUGACAUAACAGAAGGAAGACCUAAACUUGCAGCAUGGAUCGAGGAGCUGAACAAGAUUGAUGCUUAUACAGAGACAAAAGUGAAUCCUCAAGAAACUGUUGAUACUUACAAGAAACGUUUUCUGCCUCAACAGUGAAAAUUGAAUUGCAGCAGCCUUCAUCUGAGAUACUCCAAUAAAGCAUCGUUUGAAUUAGUGGGACGCAUCUUCAGCAGAAUAUUGGUGCUAUAUAGAUUAAUGCCAUGGUUAUGUUUCAAUUUCCAUCUUGCUUGUUUGGUGUUGUAAUAAUGAUUGUGUACCAGCUUUGUGAUCACUGAUCAGAAUAUGUUGUUAUUCUAUGUUGGUAAUAAUACUUAAUAAACUUUGAUACUUGUCAA